AAACAAGAUAUUAAAAAAUGCAGUCGCUGCAGCAGAAGGCGUCGUAGUGGAGUGGGGUUGCGGCUAGCGAUGCCUUCGCCAUCGACGAGACCAACCUCUUCGAAACCCUAGGCGGAAUCCAGCCCUUCGUCGAUCUCUCAACCAAUUUCUACAACAGGGUUUACGAUGACGAGGAGGAGUGGUUCCGCUCGAUCUUUUCGAAUUCGAAGAAGGAGGACGCGAUCCGGAACCAGUACGAGUUCUUCGUUCAGAGGAUGGGAGGCCCUAAUCUGUAUUCCAAGAGGAGACGUAAGGGGAAUUUAUGCCGCCCUGUUUAUCCCGAAGCCCGAAGGGCAGGGGAAAAGAUGAAAGAUAAAAAGGAUUGCCUCCGGCAGCCGUGACUCACGGCCAGUCCAUGAGCUCGUGGCGGCCUUCCCGCGGCUGCGAUUCGCUACCAAGGCACUAGCUCGCGGUGGCAGUUCCGCACCCAUGCAGCGAUCUCUUCUGCCUGGGGUGCUCUUUUCUGGAGUUCGCUGACUCUAGCUGUUCGACGAUUGCCAGCAGGGAAUUUAUGGGGGAGAGGGACGGAAACCUCGAGCAGUCCCUUCUUUAUCUUGUCCCUGCUUCGGAGUAAACAGGGCGUUACUUCUUUGCUGUUUUGUUGAUAUUUCCAGCUCGUAUAUUAGUUGUUUCGCAUUAUGAAGCAGCAAAAUUAUAUUUUAUCUGCCAAAUUUGGCAUUGCUUAUUUUAGUUUUACAUUAAAAGAGUGAGACUUAAAUCUUACUCAAAUUGAUUAUCUUGAUAAUACGCAUCGUUAUAACUUUUUAUGAACUCUUGAAGAUUCUACUAAGCAUGCUUUCGGUUUUCAUCUAAUUUUUAGUUCUUUUUGUGAGUAACCAUCUCAUUGCAUCUCAUAAUGUAAAGAUGUACAUUCACCUUUGUGUUAAGGAUGAGGUUUGAAAGCUGGCAGGUCUAGCCUCUAAGGAGAAUUAUGGUUAGUAACUCCUGGAAUGGGUACUGUGGUGUCCUACUCCUGUGCUCAAGUUAGGCAUGGUAUAUUGGUCAGAAUUUCUAAUGUAGAGGUUGUGGCUACUAGUUCUUUAUCCCGUUCAAGCAUAUGUUCACCUUACAUUGCCUAUAAGGUUUAUGAAAUUGUGAUCAAGGGUUCGUGAUUGCAUUUCCUUUCUGAUAAGAAAGAAGAUGUUUUCAAUUUUUUUUUUUAAUGUAUCAUUAUAUUUGCAGGUAGCUGAUGGCAUAACCUAGUUUCUUGAUAAUCUUAGUUAAGAUUGGGGCGUUGAUGCAUAUUAGAAAUCAUUUUAUCCUUUGAAUUUUAAAUUGUAGUUGUUUUUUUUUAUAAUUGUGCUAUUGUCGAUGUCUAAAAGUUUUGUAUAGUUUUAUUUGGUAGGUAUUUCUUUGGAGUUAGAUUUUUUAGUAUUCGAGUUAUUUGGUAGUACCUUUUUUUGUAAAAGUUUUAUAAAAUUUGUUUUCUAAGCUAUUGAGUAGGUAAGUGGAUAUUUCUUACUUGUUUGAUUUAUUUUAUUUCCAAUUUUAUAGGAACCUUUAAAAAGAUCUCAAUUCUCCCUUUGCCUGAUCUUUGAAUUAAUAAUAUUUUAUCCUCAAUAAGUUUGUCAUUGUGGAAGUCCGAUGCUUCAAGUUUGUCGCUUUGCAACUUGGUGAUGCAUCAGGCAUAGUUGCUUAUAAUCAUGUACAAAAUGUUUGUACUGAUAAAAAUAUUUGUGAAUGACUAAGAUAUCUCUUGCUACCAGCAUCAACUGUAAUAGAUUAUUACAUUCUAACCUUCUAUAUAUGUACAAGGUAAAUAAGUGGUCCUAGUAUUGUGGAUGUUGUCUUACCAUUGGCUUCUCAACCUCAAUGAGUCAGUGCAUUGUGGUUGCAAUUGGAAGACUUCACAACUAGUUUCUAGUUUUAUUAAGCCCCUUCAUUUUGCAUAGUGUUGUCAAACAAAAAGUCAUGGGAUGUUCUUCUACAUCAAGAAGAAAGGCUAUAAAAUGUGGCAACCUGUUGUCCCAAUAAAUGCUAAUAUCUUACCAAAGUCAAACUAACUAAAGUCAGAAACAUCCUAAGGAUGAGUUCCCCUAGGUAAUUGCCACAUAAGAAUACCAAUGUAUUCUUGUCAAGCUUCUUUGCUCAUGUGUGCAAGUUUUAAAGAAUGUUGCAUGACCAAACUAUUCUGUGUAUGUAGAUAGCUAGAUGUGACAAUCAUAUUGAUUAUAAAAGCAUAACAAAAUAUAGAUAUGAUGCUUUCUUGUUCCUCACUUCCUUAUAAUGAUAUUUUGGUUCCCCAUGAAAGUGAACUUGAGAAUCUAAAUUGGAAUGCCCUGUCAACUCGUCGCUGAGAGGUGGCUGCGCCACAUGCAACAAGCACUGGAUAGCACCUCAAGCAUCGACCCCGAUUCGAAAGUCAAAAUGAUGAAUUUUUUCAAGCACACUGCUUACUUUCUUGUGGGUGGUAAUGAGAUGACAAAGCAAAAGCAGCAAAGCCAAUCAAAGCAAGUGAUAUGAACAAGGAAGACACUCCUUCGAAGUUUCAAACCUUGAAACGAUGUGACAUUGCUUAUCAAAUGAAGGAAUUCUUAAAGAACCACUAUUGGUUAUAGGGAACGGGGAAACACCAAGUCCAGGCCUUCCUCGAGGUCGCUUCCCGUCUAUCUCUUUCACGCUACCAUCUCAGCUCGAUCACCAUCUCAUCCAUGUAUUUUUCUCCCUAGUCGGUUUCAUCCUGCUCGAAGUGGUUUAGCAAGACAAUUGGGCAUUCUGGAUGUCAAUUGCUCGUUUGCAAACCUCUUCAAGCAGUGAUCUUUAAUAGGAUUAUCUAUUAAAUCUUUCAAUCGGAGAGAGAGAGAGAGAGAGAGCGUGGGAGGGAAGGGAAGGGUGUCAAGGAAGAUGGCGGCAUACCAAAAACCUAAAGCUAUUUUUAUGGCGUUUGGAACCAAGGGCGAUGUCUUCCCCAUCGCGGCGAUUGCUUCUGCUUUUGCUUGUGACCAAAAGCAGUAUCAAGUUGUGUUGAUUACUCAUCGCGCGCAUCAGAGUUUAAUGGUGCAUUUAGCAGAGAAGAAUGUCAAUUAUAUUCCAGUGAACUCUCCUCCUGUUCUUUCGGUUCAUCAGUUUGCUAAUAUGCCAGAUUCGGAGCAGGUAUCCUUUCCAAUUCACAAAAAGAAAAUUCAGGCAGCACACAGGGAAGAAUGUCUAUCUGUCAUUGAAAGUGUCCUUGGAGAUUAUCCAAACAUGAAAAGUGAUUUUAUCGUGAUAAAUUUCUUUGCCUUGGAAGGUUGGCAUCUUUCUGAAACUUUUCAAAUUCGAUGUGUCGUUGCUUCUCCCUAUGUUGUUCCAUAUAGUGCUCCUUCAGCAUUUGUACGCCAGUUCAAACAAGAACUACCACUUCUGUAUAAAUAUUUUCAAGAAGCUCCUCCCAACACGGUUAGUUGGAAGGAUGUAGCCCACUGGAUGUGGCCACUUUUCACAAAUGAUUGGGGGUCAUGGAGAAGUGAACAAUUGAAACUGAGCCCCAUUCCUUUCAUUGAUGCAGUAACGAGCCUUCCAAUGUGGCAUAUGCGAGCAGAAUCACCAUUAUUAAUCUAUGGAUUUAGCAAGGAAAUUGUCGAAUGUCCAGAUUACUGGCCACCAAAUACUCAUGCCUGUGGAUUCUGGUUUCUUCCUUUGGAGUGGCAAUUUUCAUGCAACGGAUGCAGGGAAAUAGUGUCACCAAAUCCUAGUAGCUCUAUGACUAGAAAGAAUGAAUUGUGUGCCACUCAUGCUGAUAUGCAGCAGUUCCUUACACAAAGAUCUUAUUCGUGUUUACCAAUAUUUAUAGGACUAAGUUCCAUUGGAAGCAUGGGCUUUCUUAAAAAUCCACAUGCAUUCCUAAGGGUGCUCGAAGCCGUUAUAGAGGCCACAGAAUACCAUUUCAUCCUUCUCACUGCUGGAUAUGAACCAUUGGAUGCUUGUAUAAAAUCAAUUGCAGCUACAUUAACAAGCAAAGUCGACCCACAGCUCGACACAUCAGAUGGAACUCUCCUCUUCAGUGACCGGCUCUAUUGCUUUUCUGGCUCCAUACCUUAUAGCUGGCUCUUCCUUAGAUGUGCAGUUGCAAUUCAUCACGGAGGCAGUGGCUCAACUGCUGCAGCACUUCAUGCUGGAAUCCCUCAGAUAAUAUGCCCAUUCAUAUUAGAUCAAUUUUAUUGGGCAGAGAGACUCCACUGGAUAGGAGUCGCACCGGAGCCGCUUCGUAGUUGUCAUCUUCUUCCAGAAAACAUCAAUGGUACAAGCAUUAUCCAGGCUGCAGAUGACCUGGCAAGAACCAUAAAGUUGGCAUUAUCGCCCGAGAUAAAAGCACAAGCAUUGAGAGUGGCCGAUAUGAUCUCCUCAGAGGAUGGAUUGCAAGAGGCUGUAAAAAUUCUGAAAGAAAAGGUGAUAUGCCCUGAAUAAUUUUACUGAACUCACAGUGCAUCACCAUCAGCUGAGAUUGCUUUACAUGAUAGAGUUUACAUAAUUAACACUUACCCACGCUGUUGUUCCCAUCUGUUUAUUUAAGCCUUUUAGCCAUCUGGGAUUAUUUAAGUUAGAUCGAUUUAUUAAGCUCUAUCUGUUUAUUUUGUACCUUGCUUUUGAGUUAUUUCAAGUGCAACGUUAUAGUA